ACCUUAACGACAUACAAUCAUUUUCUGCUGUCUGCGCGACACGCCGGAUCUGAGAUUCGACGUGCUGUUGUCGGGGACCGACCCGAUAUUCUUCGCAGUUCCCACGGUUCACCCAAGCGCACCGCCAGAAACCAAAAAAGCAAAUCAAUCAGCACACGGCUCUCGAGUCAACCAGUUCCCCUUAUGACUUCCCUGGCAGGUCAAUCGAAUCAAAACCCGGCGCCAACUACUUCUGCCCCAGCGGCCCCGUCUUAUGCUUCCGCAGCCGGUGCGACCAAGAAGCCGACGACGCCGCUGAUCGCGACGGGCUCUCACCCGCCCGUGGUGGUCGGAUCCACUACACCCGCCUCUCAGAAUGGCAAGCCUUCUUCGACUGCCUCGCCGAUGAACGGCAGGCCCAACGUCACCCCCGCCGUCCCCGUGGCUGCCCCGCCCGUUGCGCGUGGCAGCUCCAUCGUCAACGGCGGCCCAGAGCACGCCCGCAAGAGUUCCGUCACGAUCAGCGCCAACGCGCCAGCCAGUCACAUAUCGAACGGCGGCCCUGUUGGGGGGCACAAGAAUAUCCAGUUCGGUUUUCACGAGUCGCCAGCCAUCGCGCACAGCACGCCCCAGAUGGGCGGUGCCGCGCCGAUUCCCAUCCCUGGGAGUGGCAAUCCGCGGAUUCAAUCCCCCGCCCAUUCGCCGUCGCCGAUCCCCCAGAUCCCACAGCAGAGCGGCGGCAGCCAGCGCGCUCCGUCCAUGCCCCAGGCGGCUCCCUUGACAUUUGGCAGCUUUCCGGGCGAUAAUGAUCGUCACAUCAAGCAGCACAACCCCGUCGGCAUGGGCCAGAGCCCCCAUGCCAGGCGCGACUCGCAGGCCUCUACACACGGCGAGAGCGUUGGCCAUGGUGCUCCGGCGCACGGUCGAGGUGGCUUUCAGGGCCAGGCUGGCCGCGGUGGCCGUGGCGGCUUUAACAACUCGCAGUACAACAAUGCGAACAUGGGCUACCCGCCCAACCGGAACUUCUCUGGCCCCAACCCGGGUCGGGGAGGCAUGCCGCCCUACCACCAGGGCCGCGGCGGAAUGCAGGGGUACCCCAACUCCCCGCAACCCGCUCGCGCCAGCCCGGCGACCACUCCAGCCAUGCCCCAUGGCACUCCAACGAUGCCGCCUGCUGCUCUGGCUGCUGGCCCCCAGCCUUACUACCACCCCGGCAUGAAUCCGACCAUGUCUCCAUACGGUCAUCAAAUGCAAAUGGGUGGCCUCUAUGGCAUGCCGCCGCCGCAGGACUACAGGAUGAACUACCAGUAUCCUGGGCAGCCCAUGAACAAUUACUUACAACAGCCCUCUCAGUUCCCGCCGGGGCCCCAUCAGGCCUUCGUUCCUCCUUACGGGCCUGCACAGCCGACGGCGCCACCCAUGUCGCGUAACGCCUCCCAGGUUUCGGACCGGCCGGCGUCGAGCACCGGACAAAACCAAGCUCCGGCCAUUGCCCAAGGCACGCCGCAGCCACGGCCUGCCCAAGUCGCCCCCCCGGCUAUCGUGUCGUCUCCAGCGUUCACUCGCCCCAAGAAGAGCGCGCCUAUUGUCAUCAAGGACUCGGAAGGUAAGGUCGUUGACCUUGCUGCGGCCAUCAAGACCCCCGCCUCCCCGGCUCCCGCCAUCGAGCAAUCCAAGACACCGCCAGCGAUUGUGUCGACUCCUACCCCUCCUUCGAAGCCUUCGACGCCUUCUCACGGCCGCGCCGACAGCGCUGCCACUCAGAAGACAGCUGAACAGGUCCGGAACGAAUUCAAGGACCUUGUGAGGAAGCAGGCAGAUGCCCCAUCCGACUCGAAAGCCAAGGAAGAGGAAGCCGCCAAGGCCGCAGAAGAAAAGGCUGCAGCUGAGAAAGAAGCGGCGGAGAAGAAGGCCGCCGAGGAUAAGGCUGCUGCCGAGAAGGCCGCUGCCGAGAAAGCCGCUGCGGAAGAGAAAGCCAAAGAGGCAGCGCGCCUCGAGGCCGAGAAGAAGGCAGCGGAUGAGGCCAAGGCUGCUGAAGAGGCCAAGGCGGCAGAAGAGGCCAAGGCAAAGGCGAAGGCCGAGGAGGAAGCUGCUGCCGCUGCUCCUGCUGCUCCCGCCGCCGCCGAGCCGGCUGAACCGCAGGAAGCCAAAGAGGAGGAGAAACCCGCUGCUGCCGACAAGCUCUCCGAAGAAGAAGAGCUUGAGCGUAUCAUCCGCGAAAUGGAGGAGGAAGACGCCCGUCGUGAGAAGGAGCAGGAGGAGAUCUCGGCCAGGAAGAGGGCACAGCAGGAAGAGGAGAAGAAGCGCGCCGAAGAGGCCGCGAAGCUCAACGCCGCCGAGAACGACCGGAAACUCCGCGAGCAGGAGCGGGAAAUGGAGAGGCUGGAGGAGGAGCGAGAGCGCCGUCGGAAGGAGGCCGAGGCAAAAGGUGGCCAGACCCUAUCCGUGGCCGAGCUUCUAUCGAAGAAGUUCGACGAGCUCAAGGUGUCGGAUAACACGGCCUCGGCCGAGCAGCCCGCCAGCACCGCCGAGGCCAGCACGGCCGCGAAGGCAGGAGCUGCUGACAAGACGCGGAGCAAGCCUGCUGCUCUCAACUUGGCGCCUCUCAAGACGACGCAGGUUGAAGCGCCCCAGCCCAGCGCGGCACUGCAGUCUCUCCGCUCUGCCCGUUUUCUGCCGGGCGUGGAGUACAACAUCUACCCUCCGGGCAUUGCGUCGCCGAACCCUGCUCUCAACGCCGCGGUCCAGAAGAAGGGAAAGAUCUUCAAAUACGACGCGCAGUUUUUGCUCCAGUUCCAGCAUGUGUUCACCGAGCAGCCGUCGCCGGAAUUCCACCAGCAGGUCAAGGCUCUCAUUGGCGACACGGACGGCUCCCGAUCUGCGUCGGCUCGCACACCCGGCGCCGGCUCUGGCAGGCAAGGCUCUCGUGCGGGUGCGUCGUCCGCUUUCCCGCCUGGAGGCAUGGGUCAGUUCGGAGCGAAGACUCUGCCCCCUGGUACCACCUCGGAGCAGCGCUUCGCUAUGUCUCAGGGCAAUCUGCCCAGGCCCAGCAUCGGAUCUAUGGGUCCUUUCAACCGUCCCAGUGCUUUCCCCGGCCAGCUGAGUCGCACCCCGUCGUCGGGCGCCGCCAGCUUGCCUUCCCCCAGGACCGGAAGCAGGCGCGGAGGCAGCCGAAAAGACUUUGGUAGCGCCAAGGCCGAGGCGCAGGCUGCUAAGACCAUGCCCCUCACCCAUGGCCAAGAAGUUAAGCCCAUCACUAUCUCGGCGACGGGCUGGAAGCCUACUAGCAUCGGCAACAAGGCCGCGCAGGCUCCCACCGCGGUCAUUGGCCAAGGUGGCCACCUUGACCCGGAGAUGGUGCAGCGCAAGGUCAAGGCUGCUCUGAACAAGAUGACACCCGACAACUUUGACCGGAUCUCGGAUCAGAUUCUCACGAUUGCUUCGCAGUCCAAGAACGAGCAGGAUGGCCGGACACUGCGCCAGGUUAUCCAGCUCACAUUCGAAAAGGCAACCGACGAGGCGCACUGGGCAUCCAUGUACGCCAAGUUCUGCAAGCGUAUGCUUGAGAUGAUGAGCCCAGAGAUUCGCGACGAGAGCGUCCUCGACAAACAGGGCAACGUCGUUAGUGGUGGCGCUCUGUUCCGCAAGUACCUCCUGAACCGGUGCCAAGAGGAGUUUGAGCGUGGCUGGAAGGUCGACCUCCCUAAACCCAAGGAAGGGGAGGACAAGAAGGCGACUGAGGCGGCCAUGUUGUCUGACGAGUACUACAUUGCCGCCGCUGCCAAGCGGCGCGGCUUGGGUCUCGUCCAGUUCAUCGGUGAACUCUACAAGCUCGGCAUGCUCACGGAGCGCAUCAUGCACGAAUGCGUGCGCAAGCUGCUGGAGUUUACCGGUAUCCCCGACGAGGCUGAAAUCGAGUCACUCACCAAGCUUCUCCGGACGAUCGGUGCCAACCUGGAUAGCGCCGAGAAGGGCCGCUCGUUUAUGGAGGCGUACUUCCAGCGAAUCGAUACCAUCAUUCACCUUGAGGGUCUGCCUAGCCGGCUGAAGUUCAUGCUCAUGGACAUAGUGGACCUGCGCAAAGCCGGCUGGGUCUCCAAGGAGAUGAACAAGGGUCCGAAGACGCUUGAGGAAGUCCGGGCUGAGGCCGAGGCACAGGCUGCGCAGAAGGCGGCUGAGAGCGCUCGCAACAGCCAGCGGGGUGCUCCGGGUGGCCGGCCCAUGGGUGGCCGCGGCGAGUCGAGGAAUUUCUCUUACACCAACUCUGCGCCCAACCACGUCGGCAUUGACGACCUCCGGCGCCUCAAGGGCUCAUCAUCAAGCCGCACCUCGAGCCAGAACCCGUCGUUCGCGCCGACCUCAAUGUUCAACUCUCGAAGCAGCAGCGGCCGUCGUCUGGGUGGCCCCGGUGGUGCUUUCGGUCGUGCCGGUGAGGACUCCGGCGCGUCCUCACGUACCGGAACGCCGCCCACUCGUGAGCGUGACUCGGUCGCCCACGCAAAUGCAUUUGGACUUCUCGCUGAUACCGGAGACCACCCUGGCUCUCCUCCCUCGACCCACGCGUCGCCAGCGUUGUCCAAGGCGACGCUCGACACGGUGGCGGCUGGGGACGGCAAGAAGGAGGAUUAAUGAGCAGGGUCUUUCCCAUUACUUUACAAAGUCUUGCAUUCAUGAGCUCAUGCAUAGACCGGGCGGGGGGUUUGUCAUUUGCAUUUGCGGCGGGAUAUUUCUUACCAAAACUGCCUUGGUCUUUACAAAAGUUGGGGCUCCUCAUGAUACCUCCCUCAUCUCGA